AUGAAGAAUGCGACUGUCAGCGAAGGCUACGAGAAGGAACGCAACCUCGACUCCAUCGAAGAUACCAAGCCAGGACCGUUCGUCUGGCUCUGCGCUACCGCCACCGCCAUCGGUGGUUCACUCUUCGGCUACGAUACCGGUGUUAUCUCCGGUGUGCUUGUCGUCCUCGGUAACGAUCUCAAUAACAGACCUGUCUCGGAUCAUGAAAAAGAAGCCAUCACUGCACUGUGUGCUGCCGGUGCCUUCGUCGGGUCGAUUAUCGCCGGCUUAACCAGUGACAAGUAUGGUCGCAAGCCUGCGAUCUGGUUCGCUUCGAUCCUCUUCACCGUCGGUGCCAUCGUCCAGGCGACCUCGUAUACAAUUGCUCAAAUGUGUGUUGGAAGAUUUCUCAUCGGACUUGGUGUCGGUUCUGCCUCCAUGGUCAUUCCCCUUUACAUCGCAGAGAUAUCUCCGGCAAAGUAUCGUGGCCGUAUGAUUUCCAUCGACAUGAUCUUCCUCGGCACUGGUUCAGUACUGGCAUACGCAUUCGACGCCGCAUUCUACAAAGUCACCCAUGGAUGGAGGUAUAUGAUCGGUCUUGGUGCCAUACCAUCUAUCGUCCUCGGAAUCUUCUUGUUCUUCUGUCCCGAAUCUCCCCGCCAGCUUAUGGCACAUGGCAAGCGUGAAGAAUGUAUCGCAGUCUUGCGUAAAAUCUACCCUCAAGGUACCGAAGAGCAAAUCGCGGACAAGGUGUUGUCUAUCGAGCACGGUGUCAAUUCUGUCAAGGCUCUGAAUGAGGAGGUCUCGUCUCGCAAGGCCGUCAAAUAUCUGUUCACCAUCCCCGCCAACUUCCGCGCUCUCGUCGCCGCUUGUGGCCUCAUGUUCUUCCAGCAAUUCUGCGGUUUCAAUACACUUAUGUACUACUCGGCUACCCUCUUCCAGAUUGUGGGCUUCAGCAACCCGAUCGCCGUGGGAACGGUCGUGGCUGUCGUCAACUGGAUCUUCACCGUUCUCUCCAUCUUCAUCAUCGAUCGUGUCGGUCGCCGCCGUCUCUUACUCUGGACCAUGUGGGGUAUGCCACUCUGUCUUGCUCUAGCCGCCAUCUGCUUCCGUUGGAUCCCCCUCGACCACAAGACUCUCGAACUCACCAACGACAACAUCGGCUGGCCCGCCUACGUCGUCCUCGUCGCCAUGAUCCUCUUUGUCGCCUUUUACGCCGCUGGCUUGGGUUGUGUACCCUGGCAAGCCAACGAGUUCCUCCCCAUGGAAGUUCGCGCUAUGGGAACCACCUUUAUCAACAUCUUCAACUGGGGACCUAAUAUCGUUGUCUCAUCUACAUUCUUGACCAUGAUGAAGACCAUGACUCCCAGCGGCACUUUUGGCUUUUACGCCGCUUUGUGUACUGCAGGACUAAUAUUUGUCUACUUCUGCUACCCGGAGGCUAGUAACAUGACUCUGGAGGAGGUCAGAGAGGUGUUCCAGCACGGCUUCGGUGUCAAGUACGCUGAGGACUGGAGAAAGCAGUACAAGGUUGAUCAGAAGGUCAUGAAGGAGCAAGCGGCUGCCGGACCUGUCUAG